AAUGUCUUGUUCCUCCCCGACGGUGUGAGAGCAGAAGCAGCACUUGCACGCCGCCCACUCGCAAUCCUUUCAGCCGAGCACGCAACGCUCAGCAGCGACACACGCCAUACCCAUUGUACCAUAGUCACUACCCACCACAGGCAGCAACCACAGUGAUCGAUCCCGCCACAGGCUAUACCUCCUCGCAACCCCGCCUCCACCUCCCCGUCUCGCACCGCCAUGGCGUCAAGCGAGGCCUCGUCGUCGAGAUCGACACGUUCCGAGACGACUGAGCAAUACCAAUUCACCCAAGACGAGCCAAUGGAUCACGACUCGCAAGGGGCAACUGCAACAGCGGGAUCCCACAACUCAUAUCAUACCCCUUCUGCACAUAACAACAAGUCCCUCGCCACUCCCUUUCUCUCCUUUGACUCUAUACCCAGAGCAUCAGAAGCACUCCAGGACCUGUCUGUGGCGACGCCUCCCAUUCAACAGCAGGAGCUGAUCCUCUCUGCCAUCUCACAGUCCGUGGCUGCCGCUGCCGCAUCAGACGACGACGACGAAGACGAAGUCCUCUUAGAUCCUCGAUCGCAACAAAGAGGACACAUGUCUGCUGCCAUUGCAAGCAAAGUGCCUAUACAGGAGAGGGGAGAUGGUUGGGCCCUACUCGGUCAACUAAGAGCAGGCAAAGGUAGUCAUGUUCGCAGUUCCAGCGCCACAGCUACGGCCAAUGCCGCCGCCGCCGCCGCUGCUCAGUCCCGAGGAAGGUCAACUGGUCCCCGCCCCCUCGCCAAUGCAUCCUCAUCGACUGACGUCAAUGGCCCCCAGGAGAGUUCUGUUGAUCAGGAUGAUGGGCCAGCACCACGUCCUUCUCCGCGAUCACUCCAUCAUCGCCACCAUCAUCAAAGCUCUCUUGCUUCCUCUUCGCCCGCUCCAAUUGACUGCGACACCUCGUCGCGCAAAGCGUUGGAUGUCUCAGCUGGGUAUGGAUUGGACAAUGUAGGCGAAGCAUCAGAGGCGAGCGGUAGUGUGAGUCGUUCUGACUCUCUCUCGGGUCGAUCUCAGGUGCGCCUUGGAGGUGGCACGAUGGAGCUGCCUGCUGAGGGAGCUGGACUGAGAGGCAAGGACGAGAACAAAAUGAUUCCCGAUCAAGAGGAGGAGGAAGCUGCUGAAGCAGAGGCUGUACAUCGUCGCGCUCCUAGCGGAUCUUCAGCAGAGCGAAUGCCAAGUGCAGGUAGCACACCGAGGAGAGCAUCGAAUCAAGGGGAUCUUGCCGCUGCGAAUCCGCUGCAUCCUCCUGCCGCUCGUAAGCUGUGUAUCAGGCAUCAGAGGAUGGCAGACGAAGGCACUGUGGGCAAACUACAAAGAUCCAUCGAAGCUCUCCCACUUGCAGACCAAACGGCAGUCAAUACAGUCUGGUCGAUCUUCUCAUCGUCAUCACAUGCUCGUCGAGCGCUCAUCCUGCAAGGGAUCCUGAGCAUGUGUUGUUUCAGUCAGCUCUCCUUGCUUUCUUCGGAACUAGCUCUGGCCAUUCGCAUCGACCCGUUCUCACUCUUCCCGCGAGAAGUCUCCUUGAAGGUCAUGGGACACCUGGAUGCCAUGUCUCUAGGCCGCGCAGCUCAAGUGUCGAGAACUUGGAAAGCACUGGCGGACGAUGACCUUCUCUGGAGAAACAUGUGCGAACAGCACAUUGAGAGGAAGUGCGAGAAGUGUGGAUGGGGUUUGCCAUUGCUGAGCGAAAAGAGGAGACGACAGAAGGGACCAGCACCGCUUGCAGGCACUCCUGAGAGCCGUCAAUUGACUUACAGCAAUGCAGACUUGCAGGGCAAGAGCCAGACAGCGGCGGAUGCAAGUCCUUCAUCAGGAGCAGCUGCUGCUACCAGUGGCGGUACAGAGGCGGAGGAAGCAAGCAGCGGGACGGGUAGUCUCAAGAGGAGCAUUACGGCUGCUGCCAAUGCCGCUGCACUAGAAAAGCAUUCCCGAGCGGGUACAGCCCACAAUUCCCGCACUUCGAGCCCAUCUCCUCAAAUGGACGAAGAGAUGAAGCCUCCAACAUCGACGUCAAUGUCGGUCGAUGACGCGCUUGCCCCGCCCAAGAAGCGUCAAUGCAACGAGGCUUCUCGCGAAGCAAGCACGGAGCCUUCGUCAAGUCGUGGCAGCGGCAAAGCGAGUAUGUCUGCUGUGCCUGCCACGAGACCUUGGAAGUCAGUCUACUGCGAGCGAUUAGCGAUUGAGAGGAAUUGGAGGAGGGGUCGGUAUACUGUGAGGACUCUCAAGGGCCACACGGAUGGUAUCAUGUGUCUGCAGUUCAACGAGUCUCUCGUACAUCCGUCUUUCCCUAUCGUCAUCACCGGCUCGUACGAUCGAACAGCCAGGAUCUGGAACAUGGACACGGGCGAAGAGUUGCGCGUGCUGCGAGGACACACGCGAGGUGUGCGCUGUCUUCAAUUCGACGAAGCAAAGCUCAUCACCGGCUCGAUGGACCGCACGCUCAAGAUCUGGAACUGGCGCACAGGAGCCCUCGUCCGGACGCUCGAAGGUCAUACCGAAGGCAUCGUCUGUCUCAAUUUCAACGAUCAUCUGCUUGCGAGCGGCUCGGCGGACUCGAAUAUCAAGAUCUGGAACUUCAAGACGGGACAAUGCCACACUCUGCGAGGUCACACGGAUUGGGUCAAUGCCGUCACCUUGUGGUCCGGAUCGAAGAAGAAAUCUGUCGACUCUGAUGGCGCUGAAGAUACCUUCUUGUUCUCGGCGAGUGAUGACGGCACUAUCAGACUCUGGGAUUUGGGUCACAAUGAAUGUCUGAUGGUCUUCACCGGACACGUCGGUCAAUGCCAGGGCCUGUCGCUGGUCCAUAUGCCGGAAGAGGUAGUGGAAGCACUAGCAAAGGGCGGCAAUGUAGGUCCUAACGGAGCCAAUGUUGACGCGGCUUCUGAUGAUCGAGGAAGACCUAGUGGGCCCGGAUCCUCAGACGAGUCGACCUACUUCAUGACUCCCGAAGAGUCACAUCAGCAUGCCGACAAUGCAAACAUCAUUGGGGGCACCAUGGGGGCAGCCAGAGCCGCGCCAGGCGGUCAAUCGUGUGGCUACAAUCCAUCCGCCGUACCGGGCGGUCGUGCGGCCAACACCGGCACUGCGCCUGCUAUCCCUGAUCACUUCUACCAUCCCGCCGCCUCGGGUCAACAUCGCACACAGCUGCGCCAACUACAAGGGCAGGGUCCUGCGCUGUAUGCUUCUCCGCGACGACGCAAGAUCGAGCCCCAGCUGGCGAAACUGCAAGAGAGGCUGGAGAGUGCGGGUUUGGUGGAUGCGCUUCCCAUCGAUGCUGAGAUGGGCGACUUGGAGUGGGGAGCGGCCAAGCGAGCUGUACAGCGGAGUCACGUACCUCCUUCUAGCGGAGGGCUCGGCAACAACAUCUCGUCUCAGUCUACCAACACAGGCGGCCCCUCUGCCUCUAUGGGCGGGAGUGGUGCCACCUCCAGUGCAAGUGCCGCAGGGGCAGGAGCUGCUGGUCAUCAAAAUCUUCGUCCUAUGCUCUUCUCCUGCUCUCUGGACAACACGAUCAAGAUCUGGGACGUGCGCACGGGGAUCUGCAUCCGCACCCUCUUUGGGCACAUGGCAGGUCUCUGGGCCCUCUCCACCGACCGGCUCCGACUAGCCACUGCCUCCCACGAUGCCACAUUGAAGAUCUGGGAAUUGGCGACGGGGAAACAUCUGUUCUCCAUUUGCGAACAUAGAGGACCGGUGACGUGCGUGCAGAUUGGAGAUGAUAAAGUGAUUAGUGGAAGUGAUGAUAGUCAGGUCAACAUCUAUAGCUUUGCUACUACGGGCAGCGCUGCCGGUGGGACUUGAGCAAGGCGAUGCUCCCCUCCCCUCAUCCCUUUGUUCCAGUCUCACUUGGUGUCCACUCGCGCACCUCUCAUCGCGAUGACCGUCGCUACUCGCUACUCGCUACUGCUUCAACUUCUCUUGCAUCACUUGUCAUCACCUCGAAUACUUACAUACCAUAUUUUGCAUCGUUUCACACUCACUCACAUCUGCUUUGAAC